AUGUACCGCAACUUGUAUGACACAGACUGCAUCACUUGGUCUCCCCAAGGCCGAGUCUUUCAGGUCGAGUAUGCAAAACAGGCUGUCACCCAGGGCACAUGCUGCGUGGGGCUUAAGUCCGACUCCUACGUGGUCUUGUGUUCUCUGAAGAAGAGCCCAUCCAAGUUGGCCGGACAUCAGCAAAAACUCUUUUGUAUCGACGAUCAUGUCGGGGUUGCAAUCUCGGGCAUCACGGCGGACGCUAAGGUUCUGUGCGAGAUUAUGAGAAACGCCUGUCUCCAACACAAGUUCACCUACGACACGGAGAAGCCUGCUGCCAGAUUGGCGUUGCUUGUGGCGGACAAGUGCCAAAACAACACACAACGCAGCGGGAAGAGGCCAUAUGGUGUGGGGCUGCUUAUUGCUGGAUGCGACGCUUCGGGCCCUCGUCUUUUUGAAAACUGUCCUUCUGGCAACUACUCUGAAUACAACGCCAUUGCGUUUGGUGCGCGGUCGCAAGCUUCCAGGACAUACCUUGAGAAGCACUUUCAAACGUUCCCCGCUGCGACGUUGGAUGAUCUCCUUCUACAUGCUGUUAAGGCUCUAAAGGCAUCCAUGGCUGCCGACACCGAGCUGACCGCAGAUUGCCUGUGUGUCGGGAUUGUGGGGAGAGGACAGCCCUGGCGCGAGCUGAACCAUGAGGAGCUGCAAACUCUCGUGGAACGCCUUACGAGUGCUGAGGGUGGAGGUGAUAGCGCAGCCAUGGUUGUGGACAACCCGGAGUAG